CCUCCAAACUCUGCUCCCCGCCCCGUGUGUGCGCGCGUGUCUGUGUGUGUGUGUGUGUGCGCGCGUGUGCAAGACUCCACUCCAGGGCUUUGUGCUCACCAGCCAGAGCAUCAGGGGUAGGAGGGGACAGAGACUCCGGCAGGCUGAGCCGGAGCAGCCAGAGCCUUCCUGCCGGUGACACCCGGCUCGGCCCGGGCACCCAGCCGGCGGGGCUGAGCCCGCGACGCUUCCGUGGGUCUGGCACGGCGCGGGCUGCAGCGCCCAGUAGGAUGAGCCAGGAGCAGCCUCCCCGCGCCCCGGCCGGCCCGCUCUGCCUAGCCCCGGCUCCCCGCUCGCUCUCGGGCUAGCCCCGAAGUCUUCGGGUCGCCAGGGGACCCCCACGCGCAACUUGCCGGGAGGCGUUUUCCCCCAACGAUGCCCCAUUUCUGGCUCGCUCUGCGGAGUGUGCUUGUGGAAUACUGGGCAGGGCUCCUGCUUUGCACCGUUUGGGUCCAGGAGUCGCACGGGAUGCCGCAUGUCAUCCGGAUAGGAGGAAUUUUCGAGUAUGCAGAUGGCCCCAACGCCCAGGUUAUGAGUGCCGAGGAGCAAGCCUUUAGAUUUUCUGCCAAUAUUAUCAACAGAAAUAGAACUUUGUUGCCUAACACAACAUUAACUUAUGACAUUCAGAGGAUACAUUUCCAUGACAGCUUUGAAGCCACUAAGAAAGCCUGUGACCAGCUCGCCCUGGGGGUUGUAGCAAUAUUCGGGCCUUCUCAAGGGUCCUGUACCAAUGCUGUUCAGUCUAUUUGCAAUGCACUGGAAGUCCCCCAUAUACAACUUCGGUGGAAGCAUCACCCUUUGGAUAACAAGGACACUUUCUAUGUCAACCUUUACCCCGACUAUGCUUCUCUCAGCCAUGCCAUUCUGGACCUUGUACAGUAUUUGAAAUGGAGGUCAGCUACCGUUGUUUAUGAUGACAGUACAGGCCUGAUUCGGCUGCAGGAGCUUAUCAUGGCCCCGUCAAGGUACAACAUCCGACUGAAGAUCCGCCAGCUGCCCAUCGACACGGAGGAUGCCAGGCCCCUGCUGAAGGAGAUGAAGAGAGGCCGGGAGUUCCGCAUCAUCUUCGACUGUAACCACUUGAUGGCAGCUCAGAUCCUCAAACAGGCCAUGGCAAUGGGAAUGAUGACGGAAUACUACCACUUCAUCUUCACUACUCUGGAUCUUUAUGCAUUAGACCUAGAACCAUAUCGCUACUCUGGAGUGAACCUGACUGGCUUCCGGAUCCUCAACGUGGAGAACCCCCACGUGUCUGCCAUCACUGAGAAAUGGUCCAUGGAGCGGCUGCAGGCCACGCCCAGGGUGGAGUCAGGCCUGCUUGACGGAGUCAUGAUGACAGAUGCUGCCCUGUUGUACGACGCAGUUCACAUCGUCUCAGUGUGCUACCAGCGAGCCCCACAGAUGACCGUUAACUCCUUGCAGUGCCAUCGACACAAAGCCUGGAGGUUCGGGGGCCGCUUUAUGAAUUUCAUAAAAGAGGCCCAAUGGGAAGGAUUAACUGGGCGUAUUGUCUUCAACAAAACCAGUGGAUUAAGGACAGAUUUUGACUUGGACAUCAUCAGCCUCAAAGAGGAUGGUCUCGAAAAGGUUGGAGUGUGGAACCCUUCUGAUGGUUUGAACAUCACGGAAAUUUCCAAGGGGCGAGGGCCCAACGUCACAGACUCACUAACCAACAGAUCUCUUAUUGUCACCACUGUACUGGAAGAGCCCUUCGUCAUGUUUCGGAAGUCAGACACAGCCCUCUUCGGGAACGACCGCUUCGAAGGUUACUGCAUUGACCUUCUGAAGGAGCUGUCCCACAUCUUGGGCUUUACCUACGAUAUCCGGCUGGUGGAGGACGGGAAGUAUGGAGCACAGGAUGAGAAGGGGCAGUGGAACGGCAUGAUGAAGGAACUCAUCGACCAUAAAGCUGAUCUGGCCGUUGCUCCUCUCACGAUCACCCACGUCCGGGAAAAAGCGAUAGACUUCUCCAAGCCUUUCAUGACACUGGGGGUCAGCAUUCUGUACCGGAAGCCCAACGGGACCAAUCCCAGUGUGUUUUCCUUCCUCAACCCCUUGUCUGCUGACAUUUGGAUGUACAUUCUCCUCGCCUACUUGGGGGUCAGCUGUGUGCUGUUUGUCAUAGCCAGGUUCAGCCCGUAUGAGUGGUACGACGCUCACCCCUGCAACCCGGGAUCAGACAUCGUGGAGAAUAACUUCACCCUGCUCAACAGCUUCUGGUUUGGAAUGGGAGCGCUUAUGCAGCAAGGGUCUGAGCUGAUGCCCAAAGCUCUGUCUACACGGAUCAUUGGCGGCAUCUGGUGGUUCUUCACGCUCAUCAUCAUCUCGUCCUACACAGCCAACCUUGCUGCCUUCCUGACUGUGGAGAGAAUGGAAUCCCCCAUCGACUCGGCAGAUGAUCUGGCAAAGCAAACGAAAAUAGAGUAUGGAGCUGUGAAGGAUGGAGCUACCAUGACCUUCUUCAAGAAAUCCAAAAUUUCCACCUUCGAAAAGAUGUGGGCGUUCAUGAGCAGCAAGCCAUCAGCACUCGUUAAAAAUAACGAGGAAGGAAUCCAGAGAGCCCUCACUGCAGAAUACGCCCUCCUAAUGGAGUCCACCACUAUUGAAUAUAUCACACAAAGGAACUGCAACCUGACCCAGAUUGGAGGGCUGAUGGACUCCAAAGGCUAUGGGAUUGGAACUCCCAUGGGUUCACCGUACCGGGAUAAGAUCACCAUUGCGAUUCUCCAGCUCCAAGAGGAAGACAAGCUGCAUAUAAUGAAAGAGAAAUGGUGGCGAGGGAGCGGCUGCCCUGAGGAGGAGAGCAAAGAGGCCAGCGCUUUGGGGAUACAGAACAUCGGUGGGAUUUUCAUUGUCCUAGCAGCAGGCUUGGUGCUGUCGGUAUUCGUGGCGAUGAUUGAGUUUGUCUACAAGCUGCGCAAAACAGCGGAGCGCGAGCAGCGCUCCUUCUGCAGCACCAUGGCCGACGAGAUCCGGUUGUCACUCACCUGCCAGCGGAGGGUCAAACACAAAGCCCAGCCACCCAUCAUGGUGAAGACGGAUGCCGUGAUCAACAUGCACACGUUCAACGACAGACGGCUACCAGGGAAGGACAGCAUGACGUGCAAUACUGGGCUGACGCCCGUGUUUCCAUAGGGAACCGGGAUUGGGGUGGAGGGAGGGACUUGCUGGAGGCGGGAUCGGAUGCUCUCUCCAUUAGGGAGGAAGGGAUAAAAAUCCUAGUUUGGUUCAGUUUCAAGAACAAGGCCUUUAACACAACUCCAUCGGUCGCCAGAACAGGAACGGGAACUUCAAAGCAUGGACUGUAACCUGGUUUUAUUUUUUUAAAAAGGCUUAGAUCCUAUAGGCCUCAUGGAGUCCAAACACACUACACAUCCAGGAGUCUGAUGUUUACAUAUUGAACACACAUGGAGGCAAGCAAGAAUCAAGCCGGACUGACCCUCAGUGGAUAACGAGGAGCCCCCCGAAACCCCAGGCUUCCUUUAGCAUGGCAAUAAAAAAGAAACAUUUUGUGAGUACAGUACAGAUGUGGAUUGAAUGACAGUCCACCUGAGCAUCUAUUCCGAACUGACGUACACAGCACAUUUAGGAUAGAAUGACUGGGAAGGGGAACAAAUAUAAAUAAAUAAAACAAUUGUCAAAGCUGCUGCCUUCUCUCGAAGCAGUCCACCAUGACCUUUUACCUCAAUGCUGUGCUGGCUUCUUGUCAUCGAGAGCGGGAAGUCCACGCGUGCGUGUGAUGCAAAAAGGCGUGUGGAAAUACAUCGGAGUCAGACAGCGGCUAAGAAGGGGCAAAUGAUCUUUAAUGGACUCCCAGACACAGGGCAUAGGAUUAGGAUAGUGCACCAGAAACUGCACCAUCUGAAAACAAUGAACAAAAUCCUCCUGUGCUAAUUCCCCCUGCAAUGCCAGGGCGGGAUUGUGAUCUUCAGGUCACUAGCUCCUUCACAGCCUGUGGGAAGGUCACGUUCCCCUUAGAAAAAUCUAGACUUCAGCAUUAACACGAAGGGAAAGUGAGGGAGCUGUUUCUGGGAAGCUAAUGGGUAAGUCUACUCUGCAAUGAAAAGCCCAGGAUUAAUAGAAUUCAAGUUUGUUAACCUAGGGCUUGAGUGUCUACACUCAUUUGUAACCCCAGGUUAGGAAUUGUUGAACCCUGGGUCCCAACCUGGGACUCCAGCAUCUACACUGCAUUAUGUGGAUCGAGUCCAACCACCCAUAUGCCAGGCCUCCUAGAGCCCGCCAAAAAUGCGGCCUCUCUAGCCAUUUGUUCAUGGUGCAGUGUGGGAAAACUUGACUCUCCAGAGGACAAAGAAAGUCUGCCUAUGGGAUUGUGGGAUAUUUCUGGCAGACUCCCAGAGCACGAGUCCAGUGGGGCCGCAUCUACACUGCAGAGCAAUAGGGCUUGGACCUUGGGUCUUGGCUUGACUCAGGCUUGGACCCUCCACUUCCAUGCGGUCCUGGGACCCUGGAUCCAAGUCCUGGGUUAGUGUGAUUUGUGCGUAGACUUAAAGGGGUUAGGCUUGAAGCCUGAGUUCAAACCCUGGGCUAACAUUGCAGUGUAGACACACCAAAUGUUACUAACUCCAGCAAGUUUGAUGGCAGUAAAUUAUGGCUGCAUUGGUUUCAUAUUCCUGACAGGCAGGGAGAGCCGGGUUGUUUGUUUAGUUUAAAAUUAAUGUUUAAUUUGGGGGUUUGUGGGACAUCGCAGACUUGCAAAGAAGAUCUUGGUCCAAAUAGACAGGACCAGUCUUGAGUCAAACAGCACCCUGGAUGAGCCAGAACAUUUCACUGUUGCUCUCCCAGUGCACUCAGUGUCCUACAACAAAUGCAUUGCCAUUUUACGCUACCAAAAACCCACCAAACAAACAAGAAACUCCCAUUUAAAACAUUCUCCAUGAAUGGCGCUCGGAUUUUCAGCAGCUACCCAGGUUGCUUGUCCCACAAGGCUGGUCCUGCAGAUGCAUUCAGUCAGAAUUACCAAAGACGCGUGAGCUGAUUUAGAGGUAAUCUUUGAGUAGGGUUUGUUUUUUUGGUUUUGGUUUUUUUGCAUUCUGCCCCCUCAGAGCAUCACAUAACAGUGUUCAAUGUGACAUGCCACUGGCUCAUUUCCUUCCUGGCCCUGUGCAGAACCAGCGAUAGGCUGCAACGUGCAGAGAUCUUUUCUAAAACGUUGUGGGAAAUGUGCUGAAAAAAUCAGUUCAGGGAUUUGACGCUGCCCGAUUAUGGGGAGGAUUUAGUGUGAAGGAAAAUGAUGCUCAACUUCCUCUUUUAAUGUAGCAUCGCUAGAAAUCUGCCAUAGGGACUCCCUGCACCUUCCAUUCUCUCCCAUCAGAACAGAGGCUAAUCCUCAAGGCUGAUGUUCCCUCCCACAUACAGGGCCAACACGAAGCUUAUAUACCACUUAAGUCCUAUUUUGAGGGCUUUAGCGGGGCUUUAAGUAAUGCCUUGUGCUUGGUCUCUUCACGGGGUAAAUCUCACCCUACAUAGUGUGAAUUUAGGAAGGUUUUAUGGCUACAGCAGGAGUCAGCUGCUAAACUAAUCCAAUUUUUCAUGUUCUUAUUUAGAAACAUUUUUAGAGAUUUCGCCUGACCCCAAAGAAACAAAUCCAUUUGCAGUUGCAGUCUAAGACACACUAGCAUUUUUGACCCUCCUCUUUCUUUACUUUGUUCAGUUUUAGUUUUUAGGGUGGUGGUGUUUGGGCCGAAUUAGCACAUUUGCUCCAGGGAGAACUGUGGCUGUUUUUCACCAGAGCACGUACUUUGGUUUGGUUUCUUCACACAAUGAAAAAAGACAAUGUUUUAUCCUGAAAUAAAAUGGUAGCUUUUCUUGCAUAUGAUCCUGAUAAAAAUUAGCCAUUUGGCAGAGAAUUUGCCACUAUUCUCACCUUUUCUUUUCACAGAUGCCAUGACAAGUUAGAGGUGAAACUCUCUGUGUGUGUCAGACUCCUCAGAGUUGGGUGACCAAGGGUGAAAUUCACCCUAGUGCAGUGGGCCACGGCCCACUUAAAUCCCUCUUCGGCCCUCAAACCAGGCAGAACGGGAUUGAAGUGGGACGUAAGUGUGGUGUGUAGGCUUUGUGCCAGCCUCCUUCAGAGGGAGAGCACCAUCCCAAGAGCAAUAGGCACCAAUCUGAUUGCUGACUCACAGAAAGCAACUCCGUUUAAUUGUGACAAGGUAGGUGACUUAGCCAUGUUUUGCCCUGCCACCUCAUACCUGUCUCCAUUCCUAGCCUCACUCAAGCUGAAUUUAGACCGCUUUUGUUUGACUUCCAAAAACCUGGCUGACUUCAAAUUCAGUGUUUGAUCCAAAGGGGUUGGAUCCCAACAGCAACACCAUCUCUGUCACUAAAACAGCAAUAAAUUAAGAAAUGUACGAAGAGCAGAAAGUGGGGUGGAAAAAAUACCUCCCUCCCCCAAAACUAAUUAUUUUCCUUCUCCAUCUCUUUGCACAUCUGGGGGCAUUUCAGACAGGCCAUUUUUACACUUUUCUUCUGGGCUUUCCAAGCUCUUAGAAAUAGAUUUCACAAUCAAGGGGAAGGUAAAAGCAAAGUCAAAACCCUGCUGGACUUAAAAAAAAAAAAAAAAAAAAAAAAAAAAAGGCCCCCCCCUUUAAAUGCUCCAACAGGGUGAGUAGUAACAAGACUAUACAAAGUAUCAUCAUUUCACUCCUUAGAAAAUUAUUUUAAAGAAUAAAAUUUAACCAACACCAUUUACUUGUCACAAACAAUGUGACGAGUGAGUUUCUGUCACUGUUGUCCCAAAUUUACAGACGACCAUGUGGAAUUACCACUGUUUGCGACCAGCAAGAAAAAUCCUUGCAGAUUAACUUUUUCUCUAUCUCCACAAUUACAGUAAACUGUCCGUGAAAGAAUAGCCCAUUUCAUGCUUCUAAAUGUUUAAAAUCCUGAGUAUGAAAACUUUCAGCCCUACAGAACAGCUGCUUGCUGCUGAAUAUGGAGAAAAUCCUGUUGGAAUGGAGAGGAAAUAGCCAGAAGCCAGACACAGACAGGUGUACAGGUUAGUGACAGAAUGGACAGCAGAACCACAAGGAGUCCUAAAGGUGCUGGCGUGUGUACCCAGCAGAGGCCAGGGAGGCGUAUGGACCCAGCGGUGUAAAUAGCAAAGGGACUGUGGAAUGCACAGAGGGGAACGUGGGUAGCUCAGAGCCAGGAGGAUGAGUGAAUCUGUAACUGUUAAAAGGUGGGGGCAACAUCUCUCGUAUAGUCCACAAGCAGCAGCAGUUCAGGCCUCAUCUCCUCAUGGGCUGUUCCCCGCCUCUAACGCAGAUUCUCCUGGGCCUUUACUGAGAUGCCAAAUAGGUUUCCUUGUGGUGCAGAUCUUUCAUAACCACCCACAUCUGUGCAAUCAGUGUCUCACUGCAACUACCAUCCCGUAAGCUCUACUCUCAUUCAUAUAUAUAUAGAGAGAGAGACAGACGUGCACAUGCCUAAAAGUAUAUAUUGUUAAAAGUAUAUGAUACACAUACAAAGGUUUUUAAAUACUAUCUGUAUAUAUUACCAGAAUGCCAUCAUAUUUUUCUAAUGCCAUCUGGCAAUGAUCUACAAAAGCCACAGGAAGAGUGGAAGGGUGAGAGGUCUCUAUGUCUCCUGCCAUUCUGCCCUCCUUGCCCCACCCCAACAGAAAGGGAUCUCGGGUAUGGCUGGAGGCAGUUUGUGGAGCCUGGAUAGUGACCACUCUUGUCCCAGGGGGCCGUACAAACCCUGCUCUGCUCAUUCUCUUUAGCAGCUUGCAAUUUCAGGCUCCUGAAUGUCCUGGCUGCACCUCAUUGUUACUGAUUAAUCCCAUUCCCUUCGUUGAGCUACGUCUAUUGGUCCAGAUUCCCAGCCAGUGUAAACCAACUUCACUCCAUUGGCUUCAAAGAACAGCACCAAUUUACACCAGCUGAGGAUCUGGCCCAUUGCCUUUAUUUGGGGGGAGGGGUCCCCCCAGUUAGAUUGGUUCAUUUCAACCAAAAUUUAGGGAUGGGGCAGUACAGUUUCUGAUCUCUGUUAUACUGGUAUAAAUCUGACUAAAGUUGCUUUCAAACUACGCUGCCUUUGCAUUGGUAUAACCGAGAUCAGACUCUAUCCCCUUGCCUCCACUAAUCCUUGGGGGUGCAUCAGGCCUUUGGACUGGCUAGCAAAGGUAAAGUGUGCACCAUGCAAUCUCUGAUUGUGGAGAAGUGGUGAACUAGGAGCUAAACAUAUAUUUGAAAGGAAACUUUGGGAUGGGUAGAAAAUUUAAUACAAACUAAAAAUACUUUGCAAAUCAUUUUGUCACACACACCACAUACAUGUUUCUUAAAUAAAUGUCACAAAGUAAUUAACUUCCACUGCAUAUAAAUCAAUCACACACAUUUUGGGGGGGGGGGAGGCGUGGAAAAAAACGUUGGUAUAAAAUGCUGCAGUUUCAGUUCACUGUCACUCUUACAGUAUUCAAUGUCUCCUUCUUAGUCUCUUGUAAGACCAAUGAAGUAACACAAGGAUGGGUUGGUUUGGGGUUUUUCCAUGGUUACAAAUCUUUCAAACUCUCACUGUGGUAAAAGUUGGGUCAUUUUUUCAAUUUUGGGGGGGCUAAUUUCUAGUGUAAAUUUCCAGCACCCAACACUCAGCCUACAUAUACACCAACAGACAGAAUAUGCAAAGGGGGUGGGAAUAUGUUUCAAGAUAGCUAUUGUUCUCUCAAAGGUGUGUGUGGAGGGGAAGGGGGUUGGGUCAGAAACGUUAUCGUAUGUUUCCAUGGUAGAGGUUUCUGCCAGGUCUGGGCCCCAGUAUUUCUCCCUCUAGACAUCAGUGCAGUUCUGGCAGCUGAAUGCCAGCACUGGAAGUCAUUAUGCAGCAUUCGUGAUCUCACAAAGUUGAGCCAUGUGCUAUGUGCCAUCCUGCUGUGAGAGAGACCAGGUUGAAACAUACUCAACACGUUGUUUGGUUUAAUCACAGCUCCCUUGCUCUGGAAAGUUAGGGCUGUGCCUUGCCAGUUAAAGCCAGUCUGCCUGGAGGAUAUGGAUUUCUGAGCAUUGUUGUAGAAUGCCCUUUGCUGUCUAUAAUUUUCUUUGACAUGUUUCUCAAAAAACUGGUCUCUGUGACAUUCAGGGGAUUUUCCUUUGUGGACAUGCAGAAUUUCUAUGAAUAUAGUUUUUUGUAAACAUUUUGUAACAAUUUUGGUUUCAUAGUAACUGUGUUACUUGCUGAUCAUUCUAGGCUGAUGUAAAUAAAAUUUCCAGGAAAAAAAGAAAAAAAAUUCUGAUUAUUUUCCUUUUUAAGACACUGUGAUAUAUCAAAGUGCACAGUUUGCUGUAUGAGGUAAUAUGGUUUUAAAUUUUAAAUAAAAAAUAAUUUCUAGGAAAAAACA